CGUAUCCUUUUUUUCUUUUGUAACGAGCGCUGAGUACGAAAGAGGUCGCGUCAGCGUCAUACAUCUAUAUAUAUUGCGCAAUAAUUGUUGAUGCUUUUUUUGUUGUUGUUGGCGAACACAAACAAUAUUCAUGUUCUGACAGUGUGUUUGGUUGUUUCGCAACACAUACAAAAGCUGUGUUCCCACAUUUAAUUUACGUUUAUAUUUUCAUUUUUUUUUUCUACUGUGCUUGCAUAUUAAUGAGUAAUGUUACAGUGACUGUGAAUCAGAAUUAUUUGUGAUUGAAAAACAGUUGGUUGGAGAAGAAAAAAAAGUGAAGCUGCAAGCAAAGGCGAACAGAAAGAAAAACGAGUAAAAAUACAAUCGGAAGAAAGAGCGAAGAAAAAUUUAUCCACAGUGCAAAUAUCGAACAGUUGUGAAAUUCGACCAUUCUGCGAGUUGUUGUUUUGGUUUCUUUUUUGUGGUUCUCGCUCUCCCUCUCUUUCUGUGUGUAUGCUCUCUGUGUGUACAUUGGAAAUGUGAAACAAUCGAAAAUUGAUGGUAAACAAUUCAUAGAUGUCACCGUGUGUCGAACAGUAUUAGCGCGUCAGAUAGACGCAAUAACACAGUUUUCCAUGCAAAAUGGCUACUGAUUCAAAACUUUUAUUAACAACACAACCCGAAAAACCAAAUCAUUACAGUUAUUUAAAAGAAUUUCGUGUGGAACAGUGCACAAGUUUUUUGCAACACAAAUGUAAUCAACACAGGCCAUUCGUUUGCUUCAAUUGGCAUUUUAUGAAUCAGCGUCGUCGACGUCCUGUACGAAAAAGAGAUGGUACAUUUAAUUACAGUGCGGAUAAUUAUUGUGUAAAAUAUGAUGAAACAACUGGCAUUUGCCCGGAUGGUGACGAUUGCCCUUUUCUACAUCGAACGGCUGGCGAUACCGAACGCCGAUAUCAUUUACGCUAUUACAAAACGUGCAUGUGUGUACAUGACACGGAUUCGCGUGGCUAUUGUGUAAAAAAUGGCCAUCAUUGUGCAUUCGCGCACGGUGCUCAUGAUCAGCGCCCACCCGUAUACGAUAUUAAGGAAAUUGAAGCUGCUCAGAAUGCCGAAGCAAAUAGCGAAGCAACCAAUGGCCCAAAUGCACUCGACAAAGAGCGCAGUCUAAUGAACGAAGAUCCAAAAUGGCAAGACACCAAUUAUGUGCUGGCCAAUUAUAAAACGGAACCAUGCAAACGGCCACCGCGUCUAUGCCGGCAGGGCUAUGCUUGUCCACAAUAUCACAAUAGCAAGGAUAAACGACGAAGUCCACGUAAAUUUAAAUACCGAUCGACACCAUGUCCGAAUGUGAAGCACAGCGAAGAAUGGGGCGAACCAGCCAAUUGUGAGGCGGGCGAUAAUUGUCAGUAUUGUCAUACACGUACCGAACAACAAUUUCAUCCAGAAAUUUAUAAAUCAACCAAAUGCAAUGAUGUACAACAGGCCGGUUAUUGUCCGCGUAGUGUUUUCUGUGCAUUUGCUCAUGUUGAACCAUACGCAAUAACCGAGGAAGCUCAACACAGAGAUCUAGAAGGUCCAUCGACAAGUAUACCUCUUAGCGAAAUGAUUUCUAGUGCGCUCCCACCUGAGAAGAAGGAUAAAUUUGAUCUAAACAAUGUGUUACACAAUGGUAGCAGUGAAAGUUGCGAAUCAGCUAGUACUUCAAGCAUAGGCUCUAACAAUUCACACAAUAACACAAGCAAAGCGCCCGGGGCGCAACUACAACAUAAGAAUAGUAGUUUAUAUCAAAAUAGUUUAUCGAAUGGAGGCAAGGCAACAUCGAUAGUUUCUAAUUCAACGAUACCUAGUUUCCCUGAUUUUACACCCGAUCUUCGAAAACAGCUUUUGGCCAUAGAAAAUGAUCCACUAAUUUGCCCACAGGAGAAGGAGCAGCGAAAAAGAAUGUGCUUAACAUUUAGUAUGCAAAACAUUGGGUCAUUAGAUAAAUUUUCAAAUUUGGAUGAUUUAUCAAGUUUAAUACAAAGUUCGACGACACCGCUCAAUAUACCUGGAUCUCAAUUGUCAAACUCUCUUUCUGGUAUUUUGCAAGGAACAUCGGCUCCAGUAAAUAUUCCGGGUAGUUCACUAAAUAAUUUUAGUCCAAACAAUCAUUCGAAUAUGUUCAAUGUGUCAGAUCCAUUCAGUCACCUGAGUGACCCAGCGCCAAAAAUUAGCAACUCAUUUGGUCAUAACGAUAGUAGCCUAUUUUUCCAACCGCAUUUGAUAUCGCCCAGUUUGGGUGACACACUAUCAAUGAGCCCAGAUUUGAGCCGUCUUUCGGAAAUCAAUCCAAUCCGCGAUGAGCUUUCAACUGGUUCAAUAGGAAAUAGCUUAUUCGAAAAUAGUUUGCAUAAUAAGCAAUAUUCGAUGUCACCAUCUCUAUUGAACAAUUCCAGCCUAAGUGAUAUUCGUUUGCGUGAUGAAUUUUCCAAUCAAUCGACCAAACACCUUCCGACACCAUGGGAAGAGCAAAUCGUACAGGUCUCUAAAGCGUGCGAGGCAUGGAAAUCAGAGGCUGACGAAAGCAAUCGAAAGGCCUCAGAAGCGAAACAUCAGAGAGACGAAGCCCUGAAUCAUGUUCAAUUGCUCACAGAUAAGCUAGAACAAAUUAGCAGCGGUCAAAAUGGAUCGGUAGCAAUUCCAAAAGAUCUGAGGGGUCUAUCCAUACAGAAAUUAAAAACGUUGCAGACAAAACUGCGAUCGGAUUUAGAAGAGGUUGAAAAGGUAUUAUAUUUGGAAACCGCGACAAAAUGUAUGAAAUGCGAGGAGAACAACCGUUCGGUGACGCUACCCUGCAAUCAUUUCGUUUUGUGUGACAUUUGUGCGAAGACAGUGCGCGAAUGUCCGUAUUGCCAAACAUUAAUCACUUCCUAAACAACUAAACAAAUAACACACACAAAAUCAUACAAGAAUUGAUGUCAAAGAGAGAAAGCAAGCAAAAGAAUCAGUGCAAAAACUAAUGUGCAGAAAAGCAGAAGGGAAGCAGCCCAGCCAAGUACAGUAGUAAUAGUUCAAAACGUGGACGAAUUAUUCAAACAAAAAAACAACAAAAAAUAUUCCUGAUUAUUAAAAAACAACAACAACAAAUGAUACAAUUAACAAUAAGCUAAGUAAGAUGAAAAUAGAAACACCGAUGUUUAAAGAAAAAAAAAACAAAGCUACUCUAUGAUAUAUAUAACAAAAUAAGAAGAAAAAAAAGCAACAUUAAAAUACACACAGUCUACUUACAUGUAGCCCAACGGUUAAAAGAAAAAGAAAAAAAACAGAAAGUGCGAUACAGAAAUGGGAGAAAAAUUUAAAGAAAAAUGCAUAAAUUUAUAUACAUAUACACAGCAAGAAGACAAAAAUUAUCAACAAAUCUAUCUAAAAAAAAGAAAUUAUUUUGAAAUGAAAACAAAAAAACGGCCCCCC